AUGCUGUUUGGGACUAGGGCUCAGACAGCAUUGCGGUAGCGUGAAUGGACGUUGAGGGUUUCAACUACCCAAAUCUUUUCAAAUGGGCCCCGUCGCCUAGCGUUUCCCCCCUAUAAGCCUCCGACUGAGUUACCCAGGGUGCUAUAAAACAUCAACACCAACAAGAAGGUCAUCAUCUAAGGCAAGGUUAACAGAUCAGCAUGGCAGCCAUCCCAGCCGGUGGAUCUCUCGUAGCUACCCAUGACUAUUACCGAAGGCGCCUUGGCUCUACGUCAAGUAGCAGCUCUUGCGGCAGUUCGGAAUACACUGGGGAGGUUAUUCCACAUCAUCCAGGUCUGCCCAAGCAAGACUCUGGUCACUGGUGGUCCAGCUUUUUCUUCGGGAAGCAGCCUGGUAUGGGCUCCUUGGCUGAAGAGUCUCAGCAGAAGUCAGGGCUGAGUGUGACUGAUGGGCAGGUAAUGUGUAUUGCUCGGGAUAUGGUGAAGAGGCAGACCAGUGAGUGUAGCGACGCUGGGAAGUCGGAGGCGGAAAAUUCUCAAUCUUAAGUCCGUUUAAGGGGACCAACGCUAGGGGACGGGAAACAGCCCUAAUUAUAUUUGUUACUAUUGUUUUAUUUUCCAUUUUAUGUGUGGAAUAGUUAGAUUUUUAGGUUGUUUCCUAACCAUUAGUUAAUGUUUGGUUUAAAACAAAAUGAAGGUAUUAAAGUGGUUUUUUUUGUAUGUUUUUUUUUUUUUUUACACAUCUGUAACACUGUUUUGUUACUACUUUCCACUGUCACUGUGUUCACAGAAACAAUAAAACUUUGAACUAGCCAAAA